AUGCCACUUUUAAAGUUGUUUACCACCGUUCUUCUGGCAACUUUGGUGUGCUGUGAGCCUCCAGUCUACAGAACUUACCAGAAUGGAUACAAUCGACCUGCGAAUAAUUACUUACCACCAAACCCAGGAUUUAAUCUACCAAACACCUACUUGCCACCGCAUACUGGAUACCCAACAGAUUUUAACGGCAACGGACAAGGUCACGGACAGAAUCAUGGCCAUGAUCAUCACGGCCAUGGGGAUGAGAGUGAAGUGGUACGUAUAUUCUUUAAGUUGCGUUAA